ACCCUGUGCCUGCUGUGUGCCACCCUGGCCUGGAGAGAACACCUUAAGGACACCAUCUCUGCCCAGAAGAUAUCAGAGAGGCUCGGCGGGGAGGAGAUGUUCACAAACACAUCCCUGUCAUCGUGGGGGAAUGCUGCUCCAGACACCGACACACCAACCCAUUACACUGAUAUUCCCAAGAUCAUCUACGCAUCCAGGACCCACUCUCAGCUGGCGCAGGUUAUCAGUGAGUUAAAGAACACCUCAUACAGGCCAAAAGUGUGUGUGCUGGGAUCCAGAGAGCAGCUGUGUAUCAACCCAGAGGUGAUGCGUCAGGAGAGCAACCAUGUCAAGGUCCAUAUGUGCAGAGCAAAAGUCUCCACCAGGUCAUGUGUCUACUUCAACAACACUGAGGAGAAGAGCACUGACAGAGACUUGGUGAACUCUAUCCUCGACGUGGAAGACUUGGUGAAAUUUGGUAACAAACAGAGGGCCUGUCCUUACUACCUCUCCCGAUCCUUGAAGCAGCAAGCAGAUGUCAUUUUUAUGCCGUACAACUACCUGCUGGAUCCAAAGAGCCGCAGAGCACACAAUAUCGAGCUCAACAAAGCCGUGGUCAUCUUUGAUGAAGCUCACAAUGUGGAGAAGACAUGUGAAGAAUCAACGUCUUUUGACCUGACUCCCUAUGAUGUGGCCUCAGCCAUCACUGCGGUGGACAGGCUGCUGGUGGAGCAGGCUAAAGCAGCUGGCCAUGGAGACUCCAUCACUGAAGACUCCAAUGUAGAGUCCCUCAACUCUGGUUUAAAUUUGGCCACCGUUGCUAAAAUCAAACAGAUUCUUCUGGAUCUGGAAGCUGCCAUUGAUUCUUAUGAGGUUCCAAGUGAACAGGGCAUCACUAAACCUGGAAUCUUCAUCUAUGAGCUGUUAGAGAGAGCCCACCUGACCUACGACAGCAAGAUGGCAGUCUGUGAAGCUCUGGAGCAGAUCACUGGAUACCUGACAGGACAGGAAGGAGUAUUCCUGAACACAAGUGGACUGCAGAAGCUGGCCAAUAUCAUCCAGCUGGUGUUCUGUGGUGAACCAUCAGCAAAGGACAGACAGCAGCAGAUGCAGUCCAACACAGCUUAUUUUAAGGUUCAUAUCCAUCGAGACACCAGCCAUCAGAAGAAAAGUCAGAGCACUGAUGUGUGGGCUUCAUCUUCAUCCAAGAAACAAGGCAACAUCCUGAGUUACUGGUGCUUCUCUCCUGGCUUCAGCAUGCAGGAUCUGGUGAAUCAAGGUGUUCGCUGCAUCAUUCUGACCAGUGGUACCCUCUCUCCCCUGACCUCCUUCACCUCUGAGAUGAGGAUAAAAUUUCCAGUCAGUCUGGAGAACAGCCAUGUGAUUGAGCGGGACCAGAUCUUUGUUGCCAUCAUUGAACAAGGCCCAGACGGAGUGCCGUUAAGUUCAGCGUAUGAUCGAAGGUUUCUCCCUGAAAACAUGGCAUCUUUAGGCAACACUGUUGCCAACCUGACCCGUGUGGUUCCUCACGGACUCUUAGUGUUUUUUCCCUCCUUCCCUUUAAUGGAGAAAACCCUGGACUUCUGGAGAGCUAAUGGACAUGCAGAUCGCAUUGAGAACGUAAAGCCCAUGUUUGUUGAACCUAAACGAAAGGGCACUUUUACAGAGGUUAUUGACGGAUAUUACAAUAAAGUCAGAGAUCCAGCAUCCAAAGGGGGAACCUUCUUUGCUGUUUGUCGAGGGAAGGCGAGCGAGGGUCUGGAUUUUGCCGACACCUUUGGUCGGGGUGUCAUCAUCACCGGUCUUCCCUUCCCUCCGAGGAUGGACCCGCGAGUCAUCCUGAAGAUGCAGUUCUUGGAUGAGAUGAGUCGGAAGAAAGCUCCAGGGCUGAAGUACCUGUCUGGGCAGGAGUGGUACAGACAGCAGGCGUUCAGAGCUGUGAACCAGGCCAUCGGUAGAGUCAUUCGUCACAAGGAGGACUUUGGAGCCAUCUUGCUGUGUGAUCAGAGGUUUAAAAGUUCUGAUGCCCGGGCUCAGUUUCCAUCAUGGGUCCGGCCUUAUGUGCGUCUGUACAGCAGCUUUGGGAACAUAAUCCGAGACGUCUCUCAGUUCUUCAGGGUUGCACAGAAACUGAGGCCUGUGGUGGAGAAGAAGUCUGCAGCAGAGAGCUGUGGGACGCUGUGUGCACCAGACUCUCAGUCCUCUGACUUCACUCCCUGCUCAUCCUCCCAAAGCUCCCACACCCAGAAGGCCAAGGUGCUGGACGCCCACAUGCCCAGCCUGAAGAGGAGGAGACUCAAUGAACACACAGGAGCCAGUGGGAUGGCCAGGGUGUGUAUUGAGUAUGAGUGUGAGGCGCAGGGGAGUCAGAAGAAACCGGCCAACCUGCUGGAUGCUCUGGAGCGAGGGGACCGCUGUAGUGGAGAGGACCAUGAUGCAGCGGAGGGAGAAGAGAAGGCAAACCGUUUGUCAACACUGUCUCUGCAAUGUGACAAGAGGAUGGAUGAUGAAUUGCGGGGAGGAAAACGUAAAAUUAGAUUGGUCCAAGAACAGAAAAGAAGAGUGUCGAAGGAUGUCUCUGAGGAAGGUGCAGCGAACAGGGUGAAGAGUUUCCUCGGCGAGAUGAAGAAGUCACUGAGCCAGAUCAACUAUGACCGCAUCAUACAGGCUCUGCAAAACUACAAGAAGACUAAAAACCUGGAUGUCCUGCUGGCUGAGACAGCUGUCUUAAUGGAGGACGCCAACACCCACAGUCUGCUGCGUGGCCUCUACCAGUUCAUCCCCCCGCCUCACAAAAAGAGGUUUGAUGAGAGAUGCCGGGAGCUGACGGGGCAGGGCUGCGGAUAUAAACCUCACCACUCGCUGUCUAAGGAGGAGCGAGAGGCACUGAUGCAGCAGAACGGUUUUGCUCCCAAGAGUGAUGUCCCUGCCACCUUUAUGGCUGACGUGAAAAAAGCCAUCGGAGCAGAAAAAUCCACCAUAUUCUUUCAGGCCGUUCAGAGCUACAAGAAGACAGGCAGCUAUGAGAAGCUGGUGACCACACUGGUGAGCUUAUUCACAGAGAGAGAUGAGGACUUCAGCCUGCUCGUCAGAUUUGGCUUGUUUAUUCCCGCUCGCCACAAGAAGCAAUACAGAGAGAUGUUGGAUGCUCUGAUGGGUCAGUCUGUCUCUGCUGCUGAAGCUGCUGCUGGGAGUGAAGACCAGCAAAGACACAGUGAAGAACAAGCCUUUGGAUUGUAGUAUAUCAGAAAUAUGUUCGUAUUUCUCACGAAAUACGAACAUAUUCCCUUUGGAUGUUGGAGAACAGUUUCAGGCUGUAGUUAUUGGGAAUCAUCUUCAUGGAGACCGUUAAUAUCUCUAACAAAGCUCUGGCAGUCAAUUCUGUGGACGUUAAUGGUUGAUAGUUGUUGGUGGUUGCACUGCACCAAAGUGUUUGAGCAGCCUUCCAACCUGAAUGAUAAACACAGUCCUGCCAAAAUUUAGAGAUCAGUCAGCACUUUCGGUGGAAGCUGCCGGUCUCCUGCUGCUUCCACAACUAAACACACCACUGGCAUGAACAAAAGCCAAGAACAAUGACAGACAUUUUGUAAACCAGAAGGUCUUACAGGUGCACAGAACUGUGAAGAAACCAAAGAAUCCUGCAUGCUCUCAGCCUUACUUUUAUUCACUUUAUUAACAAUGUUUUGGAGAUCUGAGGACCAAAAUGUUGCUCAUCAAAGGAGUACUGGUGAUCCAUAUCAUAUUAUUAGGUAUUAUUUUAGAAUUUUCUUUUUGUCAUCACAUAUCAUGAAGUCCAUCCUGUCUGACUUUCCGUUCACUUUUCUUCUGUUCUGAAAAGUGAAACCAAUGAAAAAGUGCCUCAUAGGUGCCUUGAGGCAGGAAAAUCUGUUGAAUGAUUUUCAAUGGAAACGCUGUGUGUUUACGCCACACUACAAAUGCCAGCGACGUGACAAGGUCCUGAGCACUAAUUCUGUGCUAAGCACUGCCAGUUGUGCAGAUUUUUUUUUUUUAAGAUAAUUUCUGGGGCUUUUAUUCGAUAGGACAGAUUAGUGGGGACAACAUUCCCAUGCCGAGAGUCAAAAAAUGUUCAACUUUGGGUAAAAAGGCAGCGCUCAUUAUGAUUACUUCAGCCAUUCAGGAUGGGGGAGGGACAGACAGCCUACUGCAAAGACAAACUGUCACAUCUGACAUGUACAAAUGUCAACAGACAACAAACAACAACAGCGGAGGAGAAAUCAGUUCAUAUGAAGUACAUAGUCUAUACCAUGUUUUCUGUCAUGAACCCACGCAGACCUGCAGGUCCGUCCUCUCCCCUGCUGCUUCAGCCUCUCCUCAGCUAAAGCAGGUACUCUACCUUGUGCCGAAAUGUUUACCUCUGUAGAUAUCAUAGCAACCAAAGCUUCUCAGCUGAGUAAACGUUGCUCCUCCAAAGCGCUCUCUAAUGCUUCCAGCUGGGCGUUUCCUGACAGUCGCCUGCCGUUUUUAACUGGGAAAAAAAUCACUAAGGUGGACUGGGGGCCUUAAGCCUGCAUUGUUUGUAACGGCCAACAGGAGGAGACCAAUGGGUGACAUCACAGUGACUAUGGUCAGUAUUUUACACUGUCUAUGGUUUUCACUAAAGAUGUAAAUCUUUUUUUUUUUUUUUUUUUUUUUUUUUAUCCUAAAGCAAUUAUAUCUUUUUUUUUUCCCCAAAAGCAGUUGCUUACUAUAGUGUUUGGGACUAUUUUCAGUAACAGAUUAAUCUACAUUUGGUACUCCAGUGAGUUUUAUGGGCAGCAGAACAGCGCAUGUGGGGCUGAGUCAAAAUAAACAAAACUGUGUGUUCAUGAUGAAGGAACAUGUCAACCAGUGCAACAAUGUGGCUCGAUGAUGUGUUUUUCAUAGUUUUUAGACGGCGUUUGAGUUUUUUUAGUAGAUUGGUGACAAAAACAAAUUGAUCUAGGAUAUUGCCGGACUUACCACAUCCUUUAAAGCCACCGUGGAUAGACUUAUUUUGACAAUAAGAUAUCUUUGAAAUCAUACUGUUGGUAGAGGGUUGUGUUUGUAGAAAAAUGUGUGUCAACCUAUUUUUCUCAGUGUAUUUGGGUCAGAUAUGUGGGGCUGAUGUAUCAGCCUUUAUUUCUGUGUGCCACAGUGUCUUCUUUUACACAAACUGCAGAGCAAAAGUUGGAAAUUGUACUUUGUGGGAAAAACACUUGUCAGAUUAUAUUGGUGUUUUUUCUCAGUGGUUCUAUUCACAUAGACAUAACAAUAGUUUGAAUAUAUAUAAAACAAACUAUCUUAUGAAUAUCAAACAUCAUAAGGCUUCUCAGACCGAUUAGACGCUAUAACACAUUUUCGGCUUCAUCGACACUGUUUUUAAAGACACAAAGCAAAACAGUUGAAUCAGAGUUACAGGAAAAUAUUUGUGUAUGUACUUGAAACAGCUCAUAACGUACUGCUGACAGAACUAUGCACUAUCUAGGCUCUGUUUAGGGGCAGUAAUCUGGUGGCGGCUUUGAAAGGUAAAAUCAGCCGCUCUGUCUGCUCUAUUUAAUGUCAUGAAAAUGUCAA